AUGUUGCCGUCAACGUCUGGUGGUUCCAGCGAUGUUGAUGGAGGAGGGGAUGGAGACACGGCGGACGCCGCUGAAGCUGCCGGUGGUAUUCAGGGUAGCCUGCACCAGCUACACGGCUACCUGCGCUGCUCAGACCCCGGGCUUGUGUGUGAGGCGGCUAAUAGCCUCGUCCGCCGCCUGGGGGAAGAGUGCGUGGUGACAGCGGAGGGCAGCAGAGCAUUAGAUCUGAACACUUCUUUGAUCUUCUCGAAAGAUGUUGGAUUACAUGUGUUUAUUCGCCAGUCUCUGAAGUUUGAUGAAUUUCGAGACUGCAGAGAAGAAUCUCUUAAGUUCCUAUACACUUUCCUGGAGAAGAUUGGACUAAAGAUUCAGCCUUAUGCUUUAGAUGUUAAGACAAUAUGUGUCAUUGUAUACACCAAAGAGAAAGCUGCAAAGUGUAAAGUGCCUGCAUUGGAGCUUCUUAUUAAGCUGCUUCUACUUUUGAAGAACUCCUACAUAAUUGAACAAUUUAAAAUUCCUGAACUAUUCGAUAAAUUUUAUGGAGAACUUGCAAUCAAGAGUAAAUUACCAGACACAGUUCUGGAAAAAGUCUAUGAGCUUCUUGGCGUUUUGGGAGAAGUCCAGCCUAGUGACAUGCUUAACAACUCGGAGAGGCUUUUCCGUGCUUACCUUGGAGAAUUGAAAAGUCAGAUGACUUCAUCAACCAGAGAACCUAAAUUUGCAGUGGUAGCCGGGUGUCUGAGGGGAUUAUCUGCACUUCUGGUUAAUUUUACCAAAUCUGCUGAAGAAGAUGCCAAAACCUCCAAAGAGAUUUUUGAAUACACAAUGAAGGCAAUAAGCCCCAAGGUUGAUCUGAAGAGAUAUGCUGUUCCUUCAGCUGGAUUGCAAUUGCUGGCAUGCCAUGCCUCUCAGUUUGGUAGCUACCUCAUGGAGAACUACCAAUCACUCUUUCAAGUAGUGUCAAAGUGGUGCGGCCACUCAAAUCAUGAAAUGAGAAAACUUGCCGUUGUAGCCAUGGAUUCCUUCCUUAAACAGGUCGCAGCUAUUGUGUCAAAUGAUGCUGAAACUCACAAGAGCAAACUAAAGUAUUUUAUGGAUGAAUUCUAUAAGAUCAUCAGGAGAAUGGAAUCUGGCAACAAGGACCUGUCUAUUGCUAUUCGAGGCUAUGGUCUUUUUGCAGCGCCCUGCAAAGCAGUAAAUGCCAAGGACGUGGAUUUUAUGUACGUUGAACUUCUCCAGCGCUGCAAGCAAAUGUACCUUACAGAGGCCGACACAGAAGACGACAAUGUUUACCAGUUGCCCAAUUUCCUUCAAUCGGUUGCAAGUGUGAUACUUCACAUGGACACUAUCCCUGAAGUCUACACUCCGGUUCUAGAGCGUCUCCUGGUUGUGCAGAUUGACAGCUUCCCUCAGUACAGCUUGAAGAUGCAAUCGUCCUGCUGUAGGUCUGUGAUAAAGGUCUUCUUGUCCUUAGCGGGAAAAGGACCUGUGCUUUGGAGUUUGAUUAGCACUGUGGUUCAUCAAGGAUUGAUCAGAGUGUGCUCCAAGCCUGUAACAUUUGCAAAGGAGGGAAGUGGAAAGGAAGAUUUGGAGUCUGAAAAUCCAACGUCUGCCGGUGAAAUCCGCAUAGGAAAGUGGAAAGUUCCCUCUUAUAAGGACUACCUUGACCUCUUCAGAAACUUACUCAACUGUGAUCAGAUGAAGGAGUCCAUGUUUUCCGAUGAAAUAUUUCAAACUAUUAAUUCACCGCUGAAGUCGCUGAAUAGGUUAUUGUACGAUGAGCUUGUAAAGUCUGUCCUGAAGAUCAUUGAGAAGUUGGACCUUUCAUUGCAAAAGCAGGACAUUGGGCAUGAGAUUGAUAAAGCUACAAGCAGUGCAAUGGUUGUAGCAACUUCUGACCCGACAGCCAACCUUUACCCUUCUAAGCCUAAAGAUUUCACAGCUUUUGUGAACCUGGUGGAAUUCUGCAGUGAAAUAUUACCAUACAAGCAUGUGGAGUUCUUUGAAUCAUGGAUCUAUGCAUUUGGCUACGAGCUUGUGCUACAAUCUACACGAUUGCCUCUGAUCAGUGGCUUCUACAGACUGCUGUCAGUAGCAAUGAAAAAUGCAAAGAAAUUAAAAUACUUUCAGGGUAUCAAUCCAAAGAGUAACACGAAAUGUCCAGAAGAUCCAGAAAAGUUUUCUUGCUUUGCACUCUUUGCAAAAUUUGGAAAAGAGGUAUCUGCAAAAAUGAAGCAGUUCAAGGAUGAGCUCCUGGCAUCUUGCUUGACUUUUAUUCUUUGUCUGCCUCAUGAAAUCAUCAUGUUGGACAUUAAGGCAUACAUCCCAGCGUUGCAAAACGCCUUUAAACUAGGACUCAGCUGUCCAUCUCUCGCUGAUUCUGGGCUAGUUGCACUUGAAGAUUGGUCAACACACAUUCCCUCUGAGAUCAUGCAACCUUACUAUAAAGAGAUUCUUCCAUCUCUAGAUGGUUACUUGGCAAAUUCUUCCUUUGCUGAUGAUUCUAUGAAUGCCCUGGAACUUACUAGACUUUCUCGAGCAUCACAAAAAGGGUUCAAUAAAAAUCUGAUUCGCCAGAUAAAGAGAGCAAAGAGCCUUAAUGUGAAUGAAGAUUCAACUUUGGCAGCUGUAAGGAAUAGGGUAGUGCGGAUACUUGGGUCUCUCGGAGGACAGAUUAAUCGCAGUUUGGUCACAGCCACUUCUGUUGAAGAAAUGAUAAAGAAUCAUGUUUCCUGGGACACAGAAAAAAGACUGAACUUCGCCGUGCCAUUUAUUGAUCAGAAACCAGUCAUCUACUUGGACACGUUCCUUCCUCGUGUUACCGAACUGGCACUUUCUGCUAGUGACCGACAGACAAAAGUUGCAGCCUGUGAGCUGUUACAUAGCAUGGUUGCAUUUAUGUUGGGGAAAGCGUCUCAGAUGCCGGACACAAACACAGGUCCACCACCAAUGUAUAAACUAUACAAACGUACUUUUCCUGUUUUGCUUCACUUGGCAUGUGAUGUCGACCAGGUAACAAAGCAGCUUUUUGAUCCUCUUGUUAUGGGUCUGAUACAUUGGUUUACCAGCAACAAGAAAUUUGAAAGUCAGGAUACUAUUGCUUUGCUGGAAGUGAUUUUGGAUGGCAUUGUGGAUCCGAUUGACAGCACUCUACGAGACUUCUGUGGUCAGUGCAUCCAGGAGUUCCUAAGAUGGUCAAUAAAGCAGACAACACCACAACAGCAAGAAAACAGCCCAGCCAACACCCUAUCGUUAUUUAAACGCCUCUACAGCCUAGCACUUCAUCCUAAUGCAUUUAAACGAUUGGGUGCUGCUCUUGCCUUCAACAACAUAUAUAAAGAAUUUAGGGAAGAGAACGCGUUGGUUGAAAACUUUGUAUUUGAGGUGUUGGUUAUAUAUUUUGAAAGCUUGGCACUGUGUCAUUCAGAUGAGAAAUCCUUAGGCACCAUUCAGCAGUGCUGUGAUGCAAUUGAUCACCUGAAACGUAUAAUUAUACGCAAAGCUGACAGCUUGAACAAAGCAGGCAAACGGCGUGUCCCAAGAGGAUUUCCACAUGGCAAACCAGUUUGUCUAGCGGACAUUGUGCUGUGGCUCUUAAAACAGUGUGGGCGCCCUGAGACAGAAUGCAGACACAAAGCCAUGCAGCUCUUCUUUGAGUUUGUGCCUCUAUUGCCAGGCAAGAAAUCUCCUUCCACAUGGCUGGAUGAAAUUAUUAAGAAAGAAGGUGUAAACUACCUUAUUAAUAGGAUUGAAGGCUCAGGGGCUGCUGAUGGGAUCCAUUCUGGAAUAUUGCAGAUUGCUACGCUGCGCGACUUAACUGAAGCCUUCAGCCUAAGAGCGGUUAUACAGUGGAUGGACAUGUUUCUUGCUGCCCUAGAUGGUUAUAACACAUUUAUUGGCAUGCAUGUCAUAAAACCACACAUCAUACUUGCUCCAGAUGUGAAGUCAUCCUUCCUAAGAUCUGUACAGUUCUUCAUUACAUAUCUUUCCAAAGAGGACAUCAGUGCAGCACAAAAUUGUUUCACCGCAGGUUUGAAGAUAUAUCUCUUCAGUCCACAAGAGAGAGAAGAGUACAACUACAGCAAAUGUACCAUAAUUGUGAGGAUUAUAGAGUUUGUCACAAUGAUUGUGGAAACUUGUCAGCAAGGUUUCUGGAGGACUCUGGAGAAUGAGCUGCUAAAUGACUCAAUGUGGGAGUUAGCAGCCGCUACGGUGUGCAAUCCAUCUAGCAUCGGCUUUAACACUGCGGAUGUUCAGGUGAUGAAGAACCUUCCCGCUGUUUGCGUAAGGCUCAUGGACGCUCUGAUGAAAACACCUUACCUCAAAAACAUGGAGAUUUUCUUGCAGCAGAAAGUAACAGUGCAAAGCAUUGAAGAUCUGUGCUCUGUUAAUUUGUAUGAUCCAGAUGCCAGAUUGGAUCGUGCCAUGUUAAACGCCACAUUGUCAGCUUGCCAACAGCUUCACAAAGCACACUUAUUGAAUUCUACCUUACAUCAUCAGAUUGCAGGUCUUCGCUUUAAUGUAGGUUCAAAGUUGCUUUCCGUAGUUUACAAGGGCAUUGCUCCUGCUGACGAGAGGAAGUCUCUGCCAUCUUUAGAUGUCAGCAGCAAAUGUCUCGCUGAUGGGAUUCUACAGAUGGCUUUUCAUUUUGGCGCCCAGUGUGAGGAGCUUGUAAGCCUUCUACUUAACACCGUCGUUUUGUCUGUGCCAUUGUCUGGAACAUCUCAAAAAAACUUUAUCAACUUUUCCCACGGAGGAUACUUCUACAGCUUAUUUUCGGAAACUAUUAACACAGAACUUUUGAACAACUUGGACACUGUGGUCCUUCAGCUCCUGAAAUCAUCUGUGGAGAAUCCAAAAAUGGUGAGCUCUGUCUUAAAUGGUAUGCUGGAUCAAAGCUUUAGACACCGAACAAUUCGAAAGCAGCAAGGUGUCCGAUUGGUAAAUGCAAUACUUCAAAACUGGAUGAGACUGGAAACCUGGUGGGACCAAAAUUCUUCACCAGAGAGCAAAAUGGCCGUCCUUACACUACUUUCCAAAGUUCUCCAGAUUGAUUCAUCUGUCUCUUUUGAUACAACUCAUUCAGCCUUUGCUGAUGUUUUUAAAACAUACAAAAGCAUUUUGACAGAUGAAAAUCUCGGACUACAUUUGAAAGGUCAAGCUGUUAUUGUUCUUCCUUUCUUCACCAACCUCACUGGAGAGAAACUGAUGGAGUUAAAAUGUACCCUGGACCAGUUUGUUGCAUUUAAUUUCCCAAUGAAAUCUGAUGAAUUUCCAAGGGGGACCCUAAGGUUCAAUAAUUACGUAGACUGUGUGAAAAAGUUUCUAGAUGCUCUGGAGUUGUCUCAAAGCCCAAUGUUACUCCAGUUAAUGAGUGAAAUUCUUUGUCGGGACAACAAACAUUUUAUGGAAGAAUUAUUUCAAAUCAGCUUCAGGAAGGUUGUUCAAAGGAGUAGUUCCAAUAAGCAAGUUGUCUUCCUGGAGACUCUGCAUAACAUGUUCAAGAGUGAAGAGCUGUUAUCAAACUCAACUCGGCAGUCUGUAAUGGAUCGCUGUCUCCUCACUCUCCUGUGGAGCUGCAGCUUGGAAGCAUUACAGGAAUUCUUCAGCAACAUUAUUUGCUCGGUAAUGGACAUACUGAAGAGCAGGUUUACCAAGGUGUCAGAAUCCGUGUUUGAGACACAAGUUACUAAAAAAACAGGAUAUUACAUGAUGUUGGAAGUUCUCUUUUCUCGGCUAUCUAAGGAUGAUAUAUAUUCCAAAGAAUCAAAAAUAAACCAUGCAUUUGAGGGGACUUUGAAUGUUGAAGGAAAUCAGCUUACCAAGACACUCCUAAAAUCCUGCUAUGAUGCAUUUACUGAGAACAUGUCCGGUGAAACCCAGCUGCUGGAGAAAAGGAGACAGUAUCAUUGCGCUUCAUAUAACUGCGCUGUAGCAGUUGUGAGCUGUGUUUUCACAGAAAGUAAAUUCUACCAGGGAUUUCUUUUUACGGAAAAGAAAGAAAAGAACGUACUCAUACUUGAAAACUUAAUUGACUUGCAACGUUCCUAUAUCUUUCCGAUAGAGGUUGAGGUGCCUAUUGAGCGAAAGAAGAGGUAUUUGGCUAUACGUAAGGAAGCUAGGGAGGCAGCAAACGCAGAUUCUGAUGAGCCUAAGUACCUGUCUUCCCAGUCAUACAUGGCAGAUAGCAGCUUAAGUGAAGAAAUGAGUCAAUUUGAUUUCUCAACUGGUGUUCAGAGUUUUACUUACAGUUCCCAGGCCUCACAAGCUGCAAAGAUUACCCAGAGCAGAAAAAAGGAGCUGACGGUUGAUGUCCAGAUGCAAGAUGACACUAUGGAAUUUGAAAUGGAUGAGCUUAAUCAGCAUGAGUGCAUGGCAGCCAUGACAGGUUUGAUUAAGCACAUGAAAAGAAAUGAAAUCACACCUAAAGUUGCUGAGGGUGUGACUCCACAAGAACUUCCUGCAUGGAUGAAGUUUCUACAUACAAAGUUGGGGAACCCAUCCACUCCACUCAACAUCCGCCUUUUCAUUUGCAAGCUUAUUGUAAACACUGAAGAAGUGUUUCGUCCCUAUGCAAGGUUUUGGAUAGGACCCAUUUUACAGCUGAUUGUGUCUGGAAAUAACGGAGAUGUCGGCAUACACUAUAUGGUGGUGGAAUCUGUUGUUACUCUGCUUUCCUGGUCAAGUGUUGCAACACCUUCUGGGCUUCCAAAAGAUGAAAUCCUGGCUAAUCGACUUCUUGAGUUUCUGAUGGAACAUGCAUUUCAUGAAAAGAGAGCAGUGUACCGGCACAAUCUUGAGGUUAUCAAAACAGUUCUAGAGUGCUGGAAGGACUGUCUUACUAUACCCUACAGGCUAAUAUACAAUGGGUUUUCAGGCACCGAUCCUGAUAAAAAAGAUAACUCGGUUGGAAUCCAGUUGCUUGGAUUGGUUGUGGCCAAUCAUUUUUCUCCAUUUGACCUAAAAUGUGGCCUUCCCUUGGAGAACUACUACCGAGCUCUGACAAAUAACCUAGCUUUAACAAGAUUCAAAGAUGUAUAUAUUGCAGCAGCCGAGGUCCUGGGGCUUGUCCUUCGAUACAUUGUGGAAAAUGAAAAAGUGAUGGAUGGACCAGUUUUUACUUACGUGACAAAAGAAUUAAAGCGACACCAAAGCAAUAACAAGGAAGACAAAUUUAUCAUGUGUUUAAACAAAAUAGUGAAAAGCGUCCCGCCCUUCGCUGACAGGUUUAUAAAUAUUGUCCUGUUUUUACUGCCAAAACUGCAUGGCGUUCUGAAGACCCAGUGCCUUGAAAUUAUUAUGCAUAGGGCAGAAGAAAUACCAGAUCUUUUUACUGAAUUGAAAAAUAGGGACUUCCGCCAAAUUAUGCAAAACAGAGAUGACGAAAGGCAGAAAGUGUGCCUCGAUAUCAUAUAUAAGCUGUCAUCUAAACUGAGACCCACAGAACUCCGUGACCUUCUGCCGUCGAUUACAGCAUUUAUCUCGCACCCGUUUCCUCUCUGUCGGGAACGCAUGUACGAUAUUCUCAUGUGGAUCUACGAUAAUUAUCGUGAUCAAGAAAGCCAGUCUGAUGAUGAUUCAGCCCAAAUUUUUACCAUGGCAAAAGAAACAUUACAUCAGGGUUUAGUGGAUGAUAAUGCUCAGCUCCAGCUUAUGGUGAGAAACUUCUGGAGUGAUGAAACCAGGUUACCGACCAACACCACGAGCCGCAUGUUAGCUAUUCUGAGCUCUAUAUACUCCACAAAGAUUGAGAAACACUACCUGAGCCUCGCAACAAACCUCUUACUUGAAAUGACUAGCAAAAGCCCAGACUAUACCAGACAGAUCUUUGAGCAUCCACUUUCAGAGUGCAAAUUUCAGGAUUAUGCGAUUGACUCUAAUUGGCGCUAUCGCAGUACUGUUCUUACUCCUAUGUUUGUACCGACUCAAGCCACGCAGAGUGGAUACCGAUCUGCAGCCGAGGCAUCGCCACCUGAUCAGGAAACCACAGAAGGCCAAUUAAGAGCUACACAGCAGAACUAUCAGUUUACCCCAACACAGAAUAUUGCAGGUGAAAGAAGUUUAUUUAACUGGCUUACUGGAAGCAGCAUUGACACCUUGGCCGACUACAGCACAGAUACGUAUUCAGACUCGACAUCUUCAGCUCUGCUGUUUACCAGUAAAGGGAAUGAAAAGAGGCGCAGGGUCCCUUUAAAACCAGUGGGGCCAAAUUUUGGUCAACAGAGACUCAGACUGCCUGGUGAUGAAACAGACAGCAAAGCCAAAGGUAUAGAAGAAAGGGCUGAAAUACUAAGAUUGCGCCGACGCUUUUUAAAAGACCGAGAAAAACUUAGCAUCAUCUAUGCUAGGAAGGGAGCAAACGAGCUGAAAUGGGAAAAGGCUACAAAGGUAGAGAAAAGGCUGAAACAAGAUGCCCAGGUAAUUUUGUACAGGAGUUAUCGGCAUGGGGACUUGCCAGACAUCCAGAUUGCACACAGCAGUUUGAUUGCCCCCUUGCAAGCAUUGGCACAGAAAGACCCAACUCUUGCAAAACAGCUCUUUAGCAGUUUGUUUUGUGGGAUCUUUGCAGACGCCAGAGGUUCCAUGAGUUCCUCUGCUGUGGACGGUAUCAGUAGGAAGCUUCUUGAAGAGUUUAACCGCUUCCUGAGCAGUUCCACGUCGUACUUUCCUCCAUUCAUUGCAUGUAUUCAGGAUAUGUGUUACCAAAACGUGGAGCUGCUAGACCUCACCCCAGCAUGUGUAAGUACGAGUUCUUUAGCCAGUCUACAGCAACCACUGGGCAUUCUGCUCCUGGAGAAGGGAUUACUGCACUUUCAGCCCCAAGAAGAACCUCCGGCUAAAAAGAGGCGCACCAAAAAAGAGAUUCCCCCGGAUGUUACCAGGUGGAUAGAACUCGCUAAGUUGUACCGCUCAGUUGGAGACUAUGAUGUCCUUCGAGGUAUUUUCAGUGGGAAGAUUGGAACUAAAAGUAUUACUCAAAUAGCACUUACUGCUGAAGCAAAAUGUGAUUAUGCCAAAGCAGCCAAAUUAUAUGAUGAUGCUUUACAGACAAAUUUUGAUGACGAAGACCCUUCUGAUGCUGAAAAAGAUUUCUGGGAAAUCGCUUCUCUUGAAUGCUACAAUCACUUGACGGAGUGGAGGCCGCUGGAGUAUUGUUCCACAGUCAACAUCGACAGUGAAAACCCUCCAGAUCUUAGUAAAAUAUGGAGCGAUCCUUUUUAUCAGGAAACCUAUCUUCCUUACAUGAUACGUAGUAAAGUGAAAUUACUUCUCAAUGGGGAAAAUGUCCAGCCUCUCCUGACAUUUAUUGAUGAAUCAAUGAAGGUAGAGCAAAGAAAGGCCUUGUUGGAGACUUUCUACAGCCAGGAGCUAAGUCUUCUGUAUAUCUUACAAGAUGAUUUUGACAGAGCAAAGUACUAUAUUAACACUGGGAUAGAUGUCUUCAUGCAGAAUUAUUCAAGCAUUGAUUCCCUGCUGUAUCAAAGCAGAUUGACUAAGUUGCAGUCUGUUCAAUCUCUUACUGAAACACAAGAUUUUAUUAAUUUUAUCACCACUCCUGGUAAUUUAUCUUCGGUAUCCUCACUGAAAAGGCUUUUCCAUAUCUGGACUAAUAGGUAUCCAGAUGAAAAAAUGGAUCCAAUGAACAUCUGGGAUGAUAUUAUCACUAAUAGGUGCUUCUUUUUAGAUAAAAUCCAGACCAAAUUGCAAAGCCAGCAGGUAGAUGACAGCAUGGAGAUUGACAGCUUUGAAAAUGAUGUUGAGCCAAUGGAGAUAGACAAACCUGAAGAUGUUAACUCAUUAAUCAAACGGUGCAAAUUUACCAUGAAAAUGAAGAUGGUGGACAGUGCCAGGAAGCAGAACAAUUUCACUGUCGCCAUGAAAAUCUUAAAGGAUCUUCACAAGGUGUCCAAAAGCCAUGAGGACUGGCAGGUCAAAUGGGUUCACAGCUAUUGCCGCUAUAGUCACUGCCGCAGUAAAGGCCAGAACUCUGCGGAACAAAUACUAACGGUCUUGAAAACUGUAUCCUUACUUGCAGAAGAAAACAAAACCGAAUACUUCAGCAAAAAUGCCCGGGCCUACAGAUAUCAGAACCUGUUGCUGGGCACCACCUAUAAAAUUAUGGCUGAUGCACUGUACCAAGAGCCAGACAGUCUGCAAGACCUUGAGGAAUCCAAGGCCAGAAUGGUUGCAGAGCUCUCAGAAUCCCCAGAACAGGUAACUGCUGGAUUAUAUCGGAAGGCUUUCCACUACUUGACCAUUGCCGUUAGAAAGGCUGCAGAAGAAGAACAAUCUCUCUCUGCCGACAGAGUUGACACCAGUGGAGUUAUUAAGGCCUACAUGUCCUUGGUGGAUUUUUGUGAUGCUAACCUAAGGAAAGUGGAGGAUUCUUCUUCAGUGAUGGAUACCGGUGAAAUGCAGCCUUUCCCUGGAGUCAUUGUCGAGCAAAUGAUAAAAGCCUUGAAACUGAAUUCUGCCGACGCCAGACUUAAAUUUCCUCGACUGCUUCAAAUCAUUGAAAUGUAUCCAUCUGAAACUUUAGAUUUAAUGGCAAGAGAGGUCUGUUCAGUGCCGUGCUGGCAGUUCAUUGGAUGGAUCAGUCAAAUGAUGGCAAUGCUGGACAAAAAAGAAUCCGUGGCGGUACAGUAUAUUAUUGAAGAAAUUGCUGACAAUUACCCCCAGGCAUUAGUCUACCCGUUUAUGAUUAGCAGCGAGAGCUACACCUUUGAAGAUACUGUUGAUGGACACAAAAACAAAGAGUUUGUGGAAAAAAUUAAGAACAAGCUGGAUAGAGAUGGAGUCAUUCAAGAAUUUAUUAGAGCUUUGGAGCAACUUUCUAACCCAGCGAUGAUAUUUCUGGAUUGGCAUGAGGAAGUCACUACAGAAUUAUCAAAACCUAAUAAAAAUAAAAGUAAAAUUAAAGAAAUUUCUAAAGAGAUGUACACAAAUUUGGGAAAUCCACGCAACCGUUCUAAUGGACGGUUCAGAAAAAGAUUUGCGGAGAAAUAUGGAAAUGAGAUUGAUAAAGUCUGUGGGAAAGAAGGUGGGAAAGUUGCUGAUCUUAAUCUUGCUGCAUUUGCUAAGACUAUGCUGUCAUUGAAAACCAAAAUACAAUCAGAACAAGAGAAGGAGCCGGGAAAUUUGAAGGAGUAUUCUCCCUGGAUGAGCGAAUUCAAACCAGAAUUUUUAAGAAAUGAACUUGAAAUACCGGGCCAGUAUGAUGGUAAAAGCAAACCCAUGCCCGAGUAUCAUGUCAGAAUCUCUGGGUUUGAUGAAAGGGUAAAAGUGAUGCAGUCAAUAAGGAGACCAAAACGUAUCAUCAUUAGAGGGAACGAUGAACGAGAGUAUCCAUUUCUUGUGAAAGGAGGGGAAGAUUUGCGCCAAGACCAGCGCAUAGAGCAGUUAUUUUCCAUCAUGAAUAUCAUCCUUUCCCAGGAUGCAGCUUGUAGCCAAAGACACAUGCAGCUAAAAACAUACCAAGUAAUACCCAUGACAACAAGGAUAGGUCUCAUUGAAUGGUUGGAGAAUACUUGUACCUUAAAGGAGUUUAUCUUUAAUGCUAUGUCUGAGGAUGAAGAAAAGAACUGCAACAGACCACAACAACAUUAUAAUGCCUGGUUAGACAAGAGAGAUAAACAUGGAACGCCUCGUCAACAUAUUGACACUUACAUAAAAUAUAAGCGGUCUGCUACAGUCACGUCAUUCAGAGAAAGAGAAGCUCUUGUUCCUGGAGAUCUUUUAAGGAGAGCAUUUGUCAAAAUGAGUGCCACUCCUGAAGCCUUUGUGGCUCUUCGUUCUCACUUUGCUCGUUCCCAUGCCUUACUAUGCAUCAGCCACUGGAUCCUGGGAAUUGGUGAUAGACAUCUGUCCAACUUUAUGAUCAAUAUGGAAACUGGUGGGAUGGUUGGGAUAGACUUUGGCCAUGCGUUUGGCACGGCAACACAGUUCUUGCCUGUGCCUGAAUUGAUGCCUUUCCGCCUUACGCGGCAGAUUGUAAACCUGAUGUUACCCAUGAAAGAAACGGGGUUAUUUGAUAGCGUGAUGGUGCAUGCUUUGCGAGCCUAUCGAACUAACCCAGACCUCCUCAUAAGCACCAUGGAUGUCUUUAUAAAGGAACCUUCGUUGGACUGGAAGAAUCUAGAAAUGAAGCAAAGGAAGAAAAAAGGGAAAUGGUAUGAAGAAGUGGAUAUCUCCAAAUUGAAUUGGUAUCCCCUACAGAAGAUCAAUUUCGCAAAAAGAAAGUUAAGUGGCACAAAUCCUGCUGCAAUAACCUGUGACGAACUGCGCCUUGGCCACGAGUCUUCAGAUGCAUACAAGGGAUUUCUGGAUGUUGCAAAGGGAUGCGAAGAGCACAACAUACGGGCAAGAGAGCCUUCUGACGGGCUUUCCGAAGAAACACAAGUUCAGUGCCUCAUCGAUCAAGCCACAGACCCCAAUAUUCUAGGUAGGGUAUGGAAAGGAUGGGAGCCAUGGAUCUAAA